AUGUGUUGUGAUAAUAAACCAGAGGAAUGUUCAGUGUGUUUUAUCGAUUAUGAUGGCAAUCAGCUACGGCCUCGCAAUCUGCCGUGCGGCCACACAUUCUGUUCCCAGUGUAUUGAUAAUGGUAUCAAGAAUGGUCAGCUGACCUGCCCCAGCUGCCAUGCCCAGCACGCUGCCACAGCUGCUACUCAGCUCCCAAUUAGCUAUGCUGUGGAGGCGUUUGUUAGGAAACUAAAAAAUAUCCAGCUAACAACUGAGGAAGUAGUGCCAGCAAAACCUUGUGAAGGUCCCGCCAGAGGCAUCAGUAAGACGAUGGCCCUCUUACUGGUGCAGGAGCAGAAGAGCAUCAUCAGCAGCCUUAUUACUAGCUGUGAAGAGGAGGUUAGCACAACCACAGACACAGCUGAUGAGUGGAAGAUGAAGGUAGAAGAUUGGCUCCAGAUGUGUCAGAAACUCUUCCCAGAUGUCAAGACUGUCCACACCUCAGUGAAGGUACGCUGCUGA